AUGGGCGAGCAUAAUCUCCUGAAUCCCGGGUUUGUGGGGCCGCUGGUGAACAUUCACACCGGAGACACCUUCUACUUCCCCAACUUCCGCGCGUCCGGGGCGCAGCUGCCCGGGCUGCCGUCGCUGUCCUACCCGCGCCGCGACAACGUGUGCUCGCUGCCCUGGCCGUCGGCGGAGCCGUGCAAUGGCUACCCGCAGCCCUACCUCGGCAGCCCCGUGUCCCUCAACCCGCCCUUCGGCCGCACGUGCGAGCUGGCGCGCGUGGAGGACAGCAAGGGCUACUACCGCGAGCCGUGCGCCGAGGGCGGCGGCGCGGGCCUGAAGCGCGAGGAGCGCGGGCGCGAGCCGGGCCCUGGAGUCGGGCCCGGGGCCGCCCUCCUGCCGCUGGAGCCGUCGGGGCCGCCCGCGCUCGGCUUCAAGUACGACUACGCGCCGGGCGGCGGCGGAGACGCGGGCACCGGCCCCCCGCACGACCCGCCCUCCUGCCAGUCGCUGGAAUCCGACUCCAGCUCGUCCCUGCUCAACGAGGGCAACAAGGGCGCCGGCGCGGGCGACCCCGGCAGCCUGGUGUCUCCCCUGAACCCCGGCGGCGGGCUCUCGGCCAGCGGGGCGCCCUGGUACCCGAUCCACAGCCGCUCGCGGAAGAAGCGCAAGCCAUACUCGAAGCUGCAGCUGGCCGAGCUGGAGGGCGAGUUUCUCGUGAAUGAAUUCAUCACCAGGCAGCGCCGGCGGGAGCUCUCAGACCGCCUGAAUCUUAGCGACCAGCAGGUCAAGAUCUGGUUUCAGAACCGGAGAAUGAAAAAGAAAAGACUGCUGCUGAGGGAGCAGGCGCUCUCCUUCUUUUAG